GAAAUCAGCGGUCUAUUGAGCUGCAGCAGUGUCGCAGUUUGAUUCAGAACAAUUUCGUAAUUCAUCGGCAUCGUUAAAGAAGGAAGUGCAGCCAUGGCGCAGGGGCUCAAAGACAGAUUUGAAAAGUUUCUCCAUGAAAAGAAUCUAAUGACAGAUGUUCUGGCAAAAGUCGAGGCAAAAACUGGAGUAAGCAGGACGUACAUCGCUCUUGCUGUCAUCGGUGUCAUCGCAGUUUACUUGGUCAUUGGGUACGGAGCCUCCCUCCUUUGUAACCUCAUCGGCUUUCUUUAUCCAGCCUACAUAUCGAUUAAGGCCAUUGAAAGUGCCACCAAAGAGGAUGAUACUAAAUGGCUGACCUACUGGGUGGUGUAUGGAGUCUUCAGUGUGGCAGAGUUUUUUGCUGACAUCUUUCUCUCCUGGUUUCCAUUCUACUAUAUUGGAAAGUGUGCCUUCUUGGUGUGGUGCAUGGCCCCGACUCCCUCUAAUGGAUCAGUCCAGAUCUACAGCCGCAUCAUUCGACCAUUUUUCCUCAAGAAUGAAGCCAAGAUUGAUGAUGUGGUAAAGAACCUCAAGGACAAGGCAUCAGAAGCUGCUGACAAGUUCAAAGAUGAGGCCAAGAGAGCCACAGCAAACAUCAUCUUUGAGGAGAAGAAGAGCUCCUAAGGAGGCUUCCUGUCCACACUGUCAUCUCUGGAGCUGACUCUGUUACAGAUGAAAUGUUGCCUUGCUUGUUUUUUAGAGAUUGUGUUCAGUACAUAUCCUUAAUCUUCAUUUAACCUGUAUUAGAUGUUACAUGUCAUAUGUAUCAAUUAAAGCCAUUCCCCGGGUCAAUUUACUUAUUUAACGUUGCCUUCUUGAGGGCUGUCAGAUACUGUAACUGUACUCUCACCCUGAUACGCUUUAUUAACCAAAUAAAAACAAACUUGA